AUGUCACUCGACGUUACUCAAGUUCUCUUAAGUGCGCAAUCUGCUGAUGGCGCAAUUAGGAAACAUGCUGAAGAAAGCCUCAAGCAAUUCCAGGAGCAGAACCUCCCUGGAUUCUUGCUCUCCCUUUCAAGCGAGUUGGCCAAUGAAGAGAAACCUGAGGAGAGCCGCAGGUUAGCUGGCUUGAUUCUUAAGAAUGCACUGGAUGCAAAGGAGCAGCACAGGAAGAAUGAGCUUUUCCAGAGAUGGCUGGCACUGGAUGCUGGUGCCAAGGCACAAAUUAAAGGAUUGUUGCUGCAAACUCUCACAUCUCCUGUUGCAAGUGCCAGGUCCACUGCUUCCCAAGUUAUUGCCAAGGUUGCUGGUAUUGAGAUUCCGCAGAAGCAAUGGCCAGAGCUUAUAGGAUCAUUGCUCGCAAAUAUACAUCAGGUCCAGCCAAAUGUCAAGCAAGCAACUCUUGAAACACUUGGCUAUUUAUGUGAGGAAGUUUCUCCAGAUGCUGUUGACCAAGACCAAGUCAAUAAAAUACUUACAGCUGUUGUUCAGGGUAUGAAUGCUUCUGAGGCAAACUCUGAUGUGAGGCUUGCAGCUACACGGGCAUUGUAUAAUGCUUUGGGCUUUGCUCAGGUUAACUUCUCGAAUGACAUGGAGCGUGACUAUAUCAUGAGAGUAGUUUGUGAAGCGACUCAGUCUCCAGAGGUGAAGAUAAGGCAGGCUGCCUUUGAGUGUUUGGUGGCUAUAUCGUCUACUUAUUAUGAUAAGCUGGCAACAUACAUGCAGGAUAUAUUUAAUAUAACUGCAAAAGCUGUGAGGGGAGAUGAGGAGUCAGUUGCACUCCAGGCUAUUGAGUUCUGGAGUUCCAUUUGUGAUGAGGAAAUUGACAUUCUGGAUGAGUACAGCAGUGAAUUUACAGCUGAUUCUGAUGUUCCAUGCUACUACUUUAUCAAGCAGGCUCUUCCUGCCUUGGUGCCGAUGUUGUUGGAAACUCUCCUCAAGCAAGAGGAAGACCAAGAUUUGGAUGAAGGUGCUUGGAAUCUUGCAAUGGCUGGGGGAACUUGUUUGGGCCUGGUGGCAAGGACUGUUGGUGAUGACAUUGUUCCUCUUGUAAUGCCUUUUGUGGAGGAGAACAUAACCAAGUCUGAGUGGAGACAGAGAGAGGCUGCAACAUAUGCCUUUGGAUCUAUCUUGGAGGGCCCAUCAGCUGAUAAACUGGCUCCUCUUGUUAAUGUUGCGUUGGGCUUCAUGCUGUCGGCGCUGAUGAAGGAUCCCAGUAACCAUGUAAAGGACACAACUGCUUGGACACUUGGGAGAAUCUUUGAGUUCCUUCAUGGUUCAGCACUUGAAACUCCUCCUAUCAUCACGGCCGAGAAUUGUCAGCAAAUACUUACUGUGCUGCUUCACAGCAUGAAGGAUGUCCCAAAUGUGGCUGAAAAGGCAUGUGGGGCCCUCUAUUUCCUUGCACAAGGCUAUGUGGAUGCUGGAUCUGCAUCACCAUUAUCCCCUUUCUUUCAAGAUAUUGUUCAGAACCUUCUUAUGGUCACUCACAGGGAGGAUGCUGGAGAAUCUCGGCUGCGAACAGCAGCAUAUGAGACCCUAAAUGAAGUUGUCAGGUGCUCCACUGAGGUGACGGCCCCUAUUGUUAUGCAGUUAGUACCUGUGAUCAUGGUGGAGCUCCAUCAGACACUUGAAACCGAAAAGCUGUCAACUGAUGAGAGGGAGAAGAGGAGCGAACUGCAGGGCCUCCUUUGUGGUUGCUUGCAGGUCAUUAUCCAAAAGUUGGGAGGGAUGGAGUCAACUAAGUACUCUUUCUUGCAGUAUGCUGAUCAGAUGAUGGAUCUGUUUUUGAGAGUUUUUGCAUGUCGAAAUGCCACAGUGCACGAGGAGGCUAUGCUUGCUAUUGGUGCAUUGGCAUAUGCAGCUGGUCCAAACUUUGCAAAGUACAUGGCACAGUUUUAUCAGUAUUUGGAGAUGGGACUUCAGAACUUUGAGGAGUAUCAGGUGUGUGCCAUUACCGUGGGCGUUGUUGGUGAUCUCUGCAGAGCACUGGAAGACAAAAUUUUACCCUUCUGUGAUGGCAUCAUGACCCAGCUUCUGAAGGACCUGUCCAGUAACCAGCUGCACAGAUCUGUGAAGCCACCGAUAUUUUCGUGCUUUGGUGAUAUUGCACUGGCAAUUGGGGAGAACUUCGAGAAGUAUUUGAUCUAUGCGAUGCCUAUGCUGCAAAGUGCUGCUGAUUUGUCGGCCCAUACCACCGCAACUGAUGAUGAGAUGCUCGACUACACCAACCAGCUAAGGAAUGGAAUCUUGGAAGCCUACUCUGGUAUCCUGCAAGGAUUUAAGAGUUCACCCAAGACACAACUACUGAUGCCAUAUGCUCCACAUAUUAUUCAGUUCCUUGAUGCUCUGUACAAUGGAAAGGAUAUGGAUGAUACUGUGAUGAAGACUGCAAUAGGUGUCUUGGGAGAUCUGGCCGACACAUUGGGUGUCCAUGCUGGCCUGUUGAUCAAUCAAUCCACCUCAAGCCUGGCAUUUUUAGAGGAAUGCUUGGCAUCAGAUGAUCCUUUGGUGAAAGAAUCUGCCGAGUGGGCGAGGAUUGCAAUCAGCCGUGCAGUUUCGGGUUGA